AUGUCUCGCAAAAAGGGGGGUGUGAAUGCCGCGCUGCUUGUCAAACCCAAGUACAUACACCUCUGGAAUAUAGUCAAGCCCGCCGAGCGGAAAGGACGGACAAACUGCUACGCAACUAGUCAAGAUAUCGGUCCUUUCGACACACCGCCUCUGAUCGAGCCGGGCCUCGUGGUCGACGAGCACGACAACGUAGUGGUGCGGGCAGACUGCCCGUUCCCGUCGCUGCCGGCGGACCAGGUGCUGGUGCGGGUGCGCGCGGUGGGCGUCAACCCCAGCGACACCAAGAUGCGCGGGCCGUUUGCGCUGCCGCAGGCGAUCCUGGGGGCGGACUUUGCGGGCGACGUGGUGGCGGUGGGCGCAGAGGUCAGGGACGUGGCGGUGGGCGACAGGGUCUGCGGGGCGCAGAACGAGCUGUUCAGGCCAGAGCCCGAGAGGGGCGCGUUUGCGGCCUACAAUGUGACUCGCGGGCGCAUGUGGAUGAAGAUCCCAGACGGCUGGUCCUACGAGGCCGCCGCCAGCCUGCCCGUCGGCCUGUGCACUGCGGGGCUGGCGCUGAGGCUGCUGGGGCUGCCGCUGCCUGACGCGCCCGUCGAGAAGGGGUCUCACGUCCUGAGCAACGGGGCCGAGGAGGUCUUUGACCGAAACGAUAAGGAAUGCGUGCAAAAGAUUAAAGCGUAUGCGAAAAACCUUAAAUACGCGCUCGACUGCAUCACCAGCGUCGAGUCCACCAUCCUCUGCUACGGCGCCCUCGGGCGCGCGGGCGGGCGAUACGUCUCCCUGGACCCCUGGCAGGAGCACGCGGCCACGCGCAGGGUGGUCAAGCCCGACUUCACCGUGGGACCCAGGGUGUUUGGCGAGGGCUGCACCUGGCCGGCGCCCUACGGCAGCGGGCCCGACGAGGAGCUCAGGGAGUUUGGCGUCAGGCUCUGGGACGUGGCCACGCGCCUGGUGCACGAGGGCAGGCUCAAGCACCACCCCCUGCGCGUGAUCGAGGGUGGGUUCGAGGCAAUUAUUGCCGGCAUGGACAUGAUCAAGGAGAAGAAGCUUUCUGGGACCAAGAUUGUGGUUCGGAUGUAA